UUUGGAGUAUAGCGUGUUUCAUAGGCUCUAUGCUUGACGUUUCUGGGCAAUAGAACAAUAGGUUGCCUAGUCGCUUAAGGGUUCGCGCUGAGCCUGCGACCCUGCGUCCUCGCUAUCCUUUGAUCGCGCGCGUACGCAUUGGCCCCUGUCUGCCAUGUUCUCUUUCUCUCUAUACAGCAUAGAGUAGCUGAUCUAGCGUCACGCAAGCCUAGGCGUUCAUUGCAGUCCCGACAGGUGACGAACCUAGCCCAAACCCAACCCAGCCGCAUUAUCUGCAACUCUGGAGUAUCAUGAUGCUUAAGGGAACUGCACAGGCCUGCCCCCGGCAACACCCACGUGCCUUUCCGCACCCUGCGCCCUCCGGCCUACCAAGCGGCGGCCUCCUCCGCCCUGCUCCCACCCCCGCCACACCUGCCAGCCAGCACUCCAUCUCCCCUCCCAAGCCCUCCACCCACACUGCUUCUACUCCGCGUCCCGUUCGGGGUCCUGCUGCUGCUGCUCCCGCUGCUGCUGCUGCUGCUGCUGCUGCCGGGGCCUCCUGGGUGUGUGCUGCCGCCCCUCCCGCCGCACCCGCAGCAGCAGGAACAGCGGAGGGCGCGGGAGCAAGCCUGCCGUACGGUACGGCAGCUACCUCACUGGUUGACACCAGUGUCGUACACUACCGCUGCCACAGCAGGGAUGGCGCUAUGGUUGACGCCCGAGUGGAGCAGCUGGGGGCGGGGUCGGGGUGGCAGGUGACGCUGGCGGUCAGCUACCUCAACGUGCCGCAGCGGGCGCCGGGGGAGCUGCAGCUGCACUGGGGCAUGUACCGGGCCAACCCCACCCGCUGGCAGCACCCGCCCGAGGUGCAGCUGCAGCUCCUUAACCUGCCGCACACCGCCGCACCCGCUGCCGCUGACUCAGCCCCUGCUGCUGCCUCAGCCCUUGCUGCUGCUGCCCCGGCUGCUGCCACCCCGGCUGGUCAGCAGGCGGCGGCGGGGGGGCCCGGGGAGUGGCAGUCCGCCGCCUCCGCCUCCUCUCCCGACCCGGGGGGCAGUGGUGCGCUGCGCACCCCGCUGGGCUGGGACAAGCAGGGAUUGGGGUCGGGAUCGGGGUGUGGCGGCUGCUGGCGUGCGGUGCUGCGUGUGCCCCAGCAGCUGGGGCCGCUGCACCUGGCCUUCGCGCUGUACCAGCCAGCCACCAAAAAGUACGACAUCCCCCUCCGCGCCGCUCACUUCUGUGUGCCUGUGGGUAUGUCCGCCGGCUCCCCCGAGCCCCUGGGAGCCGCCGUGGUGGCGACAGCAACACCCACCGGCAGCAGCAGCAGCAGCAACAGCGGCAGCGAGGGUGACCCACGGGUCACUGAGUGCGCUGUGAACUUUGCGGUGUUUUCGCGGCACGCCACCUCCAUGCAGCUCUGCCUGGUGCGGGUGAGGCUGCCGGAGCAGCAGCAGCAGCAGCUGGAGGGUGGUGGCGGAGGCGGUGCAGCAGGAGGAGGAGGAGGAGGUAGCAGCGGUGGCAGUGGCGGGAGGGCCCCUGCCGGGUCGGUUGCGGAGGCGACGAAUGUGCUGGAGGUGGUGUUUGACCCGCUAACCAACCGCACGGGGGACGUGUGGCACGUGUGCGUGCAUGGGCUCAAGGACCUGGGCACUCUCUGUUGGGCCUGGCGGGCGGACGGGGAGAUUCUGUGGCAGAACGGCAACCGCUUCCACCCCGGCUUCAUGCUGUUGGACCCGUGGGCCACCCGCGUGCUGCCGGUGUCCCUGCCCCCGGGCGCGCACCGGGCCGCCCCCCGCAUGCCGCCCCCGCCCCCGGCCGGCCAGCCCGCCUCCCCCGAGCCGCCCGUGCUGCUGGGCUCGCUAGCCGCCUUCACCCAGCCGCCCUUCGACUGGCAGGGUUGCCACCAGCCACUGCGGAGCAGCACCCCCCGUGCUACCCCUGCUGCCGCCCCUGCUGCCGCCCCUACCUCUACUGGCGGCAGCCAGGGCAGCCAGGGCUCCCGCCCCCGCCCCCUCCCGCUGGAGUCGGGUCUGGUGGUGGAGGUGGACGUGGUUCGAUUCACCAGCGGCCCGGAGGCGGAGGGGGCGGUACCGCCGGAGAGGCGCGGGAAGUACCUGGGAGUGCUGGACCGGCUGGACCAGCUCCGCGCACUGGGCGCCACCACCAUCCUCCUCACCCCAGUCAACCUCUGCGGCAGCAUCCCCGCCUCCUCCUCCUCCCCCUCCACCGCCCCCCUGCCCGCGGGCUCUCCUCCUCCUCCUUCCACCACCGCUACCCCUCCCACCACCCCCACCCCUGCCGCCUCCCCCGCUUCCGCUGCCGCCUCCCUGGACGGUCGCGCCCCUCUGUCGUACUUUGCCCCCGACCCCUCCCUGGCGGUGGGGGGCCCGCUGGCUGCUGCGGAGGAGCUGAAGGGCCUCAUCCGGGGUCUGCACCGGGCGGGGCUGGAGGUGAUGCUGCAGGUGGAGUUCUGCCUGACUGCCGAGGGCGGGGAUGCGGAGGGCGCGGGGCGGCUGCAGGGGCUGAGGGGGCUCGACCAUGCGGUGUACUACCGCGAGGGCCUGACCGCCCCCGUGCUCAACUGCGGCCACCCGGUGGUGCGGCAGCUGGUGGGCGCGGCGCUGCGGCACUGGGCGGCCGAGUACCGGGUGGGCGGCUUCUGCGUGCGGAAUGCGGAGAACCUGGUGCAGGACAAGUUCGGCUCCGUGCUGGACAGUCCCCCCCUGGUGGAGCAACUGGCCGGGGACCCGCAGCUGCGCGGGCUGAAGCUGCUGGCGGCGGUGUCGGAACCCGCACUGCUGCCGCGACAGGGCGAGAGGGGCUUCCCGCACUGGGGUGUGUGGUUGCAGGUCAACGACCGCUUCCGAACCGACCUCACCGCCUAUCUGGCCGCCGGACAGCGGGGCCUGCUCUCAGCCGUUGCCACUCGCCUCACCGGGUCCGCUGACCUUUUCGCGGCGCGCUGGGACGCGGGGCUGCCCGGCGGCCUGGCGGCGGGUCGCCGGCCCGCAUUCGGAGUCAAUGCGACGGCGCCGCUCGGCGACCGACCGCUGCAAGCCGUACUGGCGGCGGCGGCCGCCGCCGCCUGUGGCGCCACUGACCCCGCGCGCUGCGAGGCCGUAGCGCGAGCGUUACUGGUCGCUCAGUUUGUGUCGGCGGGGCAACCGCUGGUGGCGGCGGCGACGCUGCUGGCGCGGCCGAGUACGGCACAGCUGGUGGCGGCGCUGGCGGCGGUACGGCGGGGCUACGCGCCACUGCUGUGUCCGCCGUCGCUGACGUCAGCGGAGCGAGUGCUGACGUGGCAUUCGCCGUACAGCGGCGCCGGUGAGCCUGAUUGGGCCGCCGCCAAUCCAGAUCCGACGGCGAAUGUGUUGGUGUUGACGAUCGGCGGCGGCGUCAGCAGGCCCGGACACAUGUUGACCGUGGCGUUCAACCCAAAUGCGGAACCGGUGACGGUUGCGCUGCCGCCCCCGCCAACGGUCGCUGCGGCGGCGCCGUUCUGCUGGCGGCUGCUGGUCGACACAUCGCGGCCGGUGCCGACGGCGGCGCAGCCGGCGGGACCACGAGGCGGCGGCUCAAGCCUGGGUGUUGUACUUCCGGCGUCGGAGCAAGGGUCGUACGUCAUGGGAGCGUACGGCGCGGUAUUGUUAGAUGCCGUACCGGCACAACAGCAGCAACCCCAGCAGCAGCAGGUGCAGGCGACGGCGACGGCGACGGCGGCGGCGCCGUCAGCGAGCACUGGCGGCCCGGCGGGGCGUCCGGCGACGCCGCCGCCAGGGUACGGCAUGUCGCCCGCCGCCGCCGCUGCCGCCAGCAAGCCACCGCAACCGCCAGCUGCCGCUUACAAGACAGUUGGCGGGUCCUCUUCGGCUGCACCACCCCCUGCGGCAUGACGGCCCAACAAGUAGAGUAGGUUGACUUGUAGGUGCGGCAGCAAGGCCGGUGUUGGUCGUUUCCUGACGAAUGUUUGCUGGACACUUGGCAUAAGCGUUCUCGCCAGUCGUCGCGGGUUGUGAGCAUCAACGGCGUGCAGGCCAUGCCUGCUUAUGCCGCCCGUUACGCUCUGCACGCGGCAUAGCUGAUUGGUCGGACCUUGAGAGAAGUUAUCGCUGUACGCGACCCAUGGUUCACGAAGUUCAUGGGCACCGAACCAUGCGGCGUGCACCGCGUUUGAAGAGGUCCAAACUACCUGUGGUGUAGCCCUUGGAUGCCUUUAGUAGCUGUAUAUGCCAGCACCGUUGGUUCAUUGUUUGUGGUACCAAGCGUAUAUAGCGUGCGACUAGUAUGGGUUCCAGUGCCUACACGCUGCGCUGCAAAUCGCACUUGCAUGGCUCAAAACGCCCCCUUGUAAGGACACCCAACGUCUG